AUGGGGCUGUGGGUUAUCAUGCCGCAACAUGAGGUGAUGGUCGUAGAUGAAUGGCUCAACAAAUGCCAUCAAAAAAUGCGCCUGUGUCUGUUGUUCAUAACAUACACCUGCCAAUACCAGUGCCCAACCACCACCAUGGGCCAUGCGUUCCACAAUGCUGACAUCAUGAAAACCAGGACUCAUCUGAGAACAGAACGCCUCUCCAACGUGCCAAACGCCAUCGAAUUCGAGUUCCAAGUCCAACAAGCUCUAGUUAGUGCCCAGACCAGAACAGUUGGGAUAGGCAAUGAUUUAAUUUCUAGAGAUCACUUUCAAUUUGCAAUAGGUACAUCUAAAACAACAACUAAAACAGUGUGUACUGUUAUUACAGGAAUUUACUGUAUAAGUACAGUGAGUAAAGUAUCAGUGAAGACUGGAGCUACAGUCUCUGUCCCCUGUCUCUACAGGCCUCAGUACAGAGACAAUGUGAAAUAUUUAUGUAAAUGGUAUGGAUGGUCCUCCUGUUCAUAUGCAGUAAAGACAAACACACAACUAAGUUCAGAGUAUUCCAUCUCUGAUGACAAGAACAAAAACAUCUUCACUGUGACGUUGAAACAAAUUAACAAAUACGCUGACUACCGGUGUGCUGUGGAGAUUGCAAGAGCGUAUGAUGAUGGAUCUGACUUCCGCCUGUCAGUCACUAGAGGAAUUCCCAGUCUCUAUGUGGAUAGUCAGGAGGUGACAGGAUUUAUUGGAGGAAACACAACCAUAAACUGUCGCUACAGAACCUCUGGAAGAAUGAAAUGGUGUAAACUGGGCAGCACAUGUGUGACAGAAGGAUCUGGAUCAAUAGAUGGAACAAGUGUAACUAUGAACACAAGAGCUGAUAACGUAUUCAGUGUGAUCAUGACUGACCUGAGACCAGAGAGCAGUGGUUGGUAUUACUGUGUCAGAGGAGACUUUCAGAUGCCGGUGCACCUAACUGUUGCUGUUAAACCUGCAGUUACCACAACACAUAAUAUGGGACCGAUAUUGUUCACAAUGUCAAUGCAACGAACUAAGGCUUUUUUAGGUGUUCUCACGUCCAACCCCGUGACUGUAGUUGGAGAAAAUGCUACAUCUACGAAGGAAGACAACAGUUCAGAAAGUAACAUGCCACGUCUAAAGAAACAUCUCUUCCCUUUGUUUGUCAUGACUGUAGCUGUGGCCUUGUUCAUCUGGUUCAAAGUGAGAUCCAAAUGUGCAAAUUCAGCAACCUCAGAACAGUCUGAAGAUGAAGUGACAUACACUCAUGUUAGAUUCAGAAGAAAACUAUCAUCUCAGACUUUUCAUGGUGACAACGACACAGAAGUGGUCUACAGUUCUGUGUGCUGGGGUGUGGAGCUGACAGGUCUCCAAGGUUCUUGUUUUUACUCUUUCAUCACCAUGGCUUUUUCUCUGAGCUUUCUUCUGGUUCUUACUUUGAUCCCAGGAACUGGAAGCACAAGUAGAGCCAAAAAAGUAUCAGUGAAGACUGGAGCUUCAGUCUCUGUCCCCUGUCUCUACAGCCCUCAGUACAGAGACAAUGUGAAAUAUUUAUGUGAAGGAUAUGAAUGGUUUUCAUGUUCAUAUGCAGUAAAGACAAACACACAACAAAGUUCAGAGAAGUAUUCCAUCUCUGUUGACAAGAACAAAAACAUCUUCACUGUGACGAUGAAACAGACUAACACAAACUCUGACUACUGGUGUGCUGUGGAGAUUGAUUAUGGUCCUGAUGAUGGAUAUGACUUUCACCUGUCAGUCACCAGUGGAACUCCCAGUCUCUAUGUGGAUAGUCAGGAGGUGACAGGAUUUAUUGGAGGAAACACAACCAUAAACUGUCGCUACAGAACCUCUGGAGGAAUGAAAUGGUGUAAACUGGGCAGCACAUGUGUGACAGAAGGAUCUGGAUCAAUAGAUGGAACAAGUGUAACUAUGAACACAAGAGCUGAUAACGUAUUCAGUGUGAUCAUGACUGACCUGAGACCAGAGAGCAGUGGUUGGUAUUACUGUGUCAGAGGAGACUUUCAGAUGCCGGUGCACCUAACUGUUGCUGUUAAACCUGCAGUCACCCCCAGCAGUGCUCUAGGAACUCAAGCAACAACUACAGUUCCAAGUGGACAAGAGAGAUCCUCUGUGGACCUAACAAAUUUCAUCAUCCCUCUGAGUUUGUUGAUCUUCAUUGUGAUCGUGGCAUUGUUUGCCUGGCUUAUAUUACGACACAAGCGAGGGAAAGCCGAUUCCGCAAAAUCAAAACAGUCUAAAGAGGAAGUAACAUACACUGAUGUUCGAUUUAAGAAGAAAACAGCAGUUCGGGUAAACCUGGUACACAAAAAGGGAAGAAAAAUGUGUGAUGCUGCAAAUAAAAAUGUGUUACAUCUGUUGUCCCCACAGGGAAGUGAGAAUGAUGAGGAUGUGACCUACAGCUCUGUGGUAAUAAGAAUGGUGCAAAAAGAGAAAGAUGUUUGUCAGGGAAACUUUCCCUGCGUUUGUUGGUUAAAACCUCGCAGCAAAUGAGAAACAAUUUUUUUUUUACUUGUGCAAGGAGAUCGAACGAUACAGAAUAGGCAGCUUCACAGCCUGGUUCAGGCUCAUGCUCGGAAGUUUCUCAGCAAAAAGUCUGUCUUCAUGGGUCUGACCUCCACCCUCCUACAUUUGAAAGCAUCGGGCAAUCUCAACGUCUCUAUGGCAACCGGACCUUGUCUCUUAUCAGAACAGAGUGUCCUCUGCAGUCUCUGGAUGUUUGCUCCACAGUUUCAACAUUAACAGUUCUUAAGCAGUUAUGAGAAACAAAGAAACUGUAUAAAUGAUAUAGUUUUUAGUAUGUAAAUGUGUAUAAAUAUAUACAUUUUUCUUACAAUGUUCCAUCAUGAACUCACAUUAACCUUACAUGCAGGGCCGGAUUAUCAUUGCAGGGGCCCCUGGGCACAAUGUGCUUAGGGUUUGUUGGUCUCCUCUCUUGCCUUCAGAAAAAACUGCUUUCUGGCCUUUCUAUUAGUAAAUUAAUUUACAAUGUCAUCAAAGUCCAGAUUCCUGACAAGCUGAGAUUCAAUAGCCAUCAAUGACAGUGCUGUUGAGUUUGUGUUGUUCUCAGUUCAUUUUUUAUUCUUGCCAUUUGUGAAAAUUGUUCCCCUUCACAAUUUGCAACUGGUAGCAGGCGAGUUGCAAGCUUUUCAAAAGUGUGGGGGAUGUUGUCUGUGCCUAAAAUAAUUAUGUUAUUCAUCUUGUUAGUUUAAUUUCCAUAAUAGUUGAGCAGGUGUGAAUUUUAAGACGCAUCAUGCAUGUCUCCAUUUUAAACAUGUUUAAACUGUUCAGAAUACAAAUCCAGGUUCUGUCUCGUCAGAUUGGUACAACUAAAGUUUGUACUGAAUGAAAUUUUACAUUAAACCAUGUUGAAAAGGUAAGAAAAGGAUCAGAUUAAAUCGUUUUUCCCCUCAUUUACAGUCAGUACAGCGCUGUGCGCAUGGCUCUGGGGUUAAUCAAGUUUAAUUGUUUCUCUUUGCAACAAUCUUCACAAGAAGGCCAAACAGUUAAAUAGCAGGUUACAGAUAUUUCCAUUUGACUGUUUAUUUUGAUGGUUAGACAGCUUCUAUUUCAUAAUAGUGUUUUUUCCCAUGGCUGAUUUAUUUCAUGAGACGUUACAGCAGAAUGUCUCUGUCCCGUCAGUCAAGACUAAUGGGGUGGAGCCAGUGUGUCAUUGGCUGCUAAUUCAGUCAGACAAAAGCAAUCACUCACAAAGUAUCGAACCAAAUGCUUCAAAAAUGUCAUCCAAACAACUCAAAAUAUCGUCUACUGACAAACUAUUCAACUCUAGUUGAGCCACCAAAGAAAACAGAGCUAAACUAAGUUCAGGCAAUGCCGCCAUCUUUGACUACCUUAAACUGUCCGGUCAUGUACGGUGAGCAGAAAUCCAGGAAAACCAAACGAUUUUGAAGGAUUAACCAAUGGUAUUGCAGGUCACACCCACUGGCCUGACUGACGGACUGAGACAUUCUGCUGUAAAGUCUCAUUAUGAAAUAAAUCAGCCAUGGGAAAAAACACUAUCAUGAAAUAAAAGCUGUCUUUGUAAAAAAAAAAAGUUAUGUUAUAAAAACUGAAUGAAUUAAAUAAAAAUGGCUCAAUAUUAAUUUGGGUUAUUAUGAAAAAAUGACUUUUGAAAAAACAUUAUAUUAAUAAAGACAUUUUAAAAGAAGAAUGAAAAAUAUUUCAUAAUAUUGAGCUUAGAUAUUCUGUUAUUUCAUCAUUUCAUUGUCAGAUUACAUAAUUGUCUAGUAUUUCUUCACGUAGAUAUUUAUUUCAUAAUGUCUUAUUUAUUGAAUUUUGAAUACUUUUGAGUUCCAUACUCCUCGGCCGUCAGACAGGAAGAGGAAAAGAAAGAGACGGAAGCUCCGUCUGGUACAGAGACAGAAAACCCAAUAAAGAGGAUAAUAACUUUAGAAUGAAUUAUCACUAAGUGUUAUGAUUUAAAACUGGACUGGUUUGCUUGCCAUAAUGUAGUGUAAUACGUUAAUUAUGACCAAUAAGAUGUGACGAUUCCAUAUAAAUAUGAAAUAUCAAUCUGAUUGAUCUUUGAAUGUUUAAUCAGAAGAUUCUAGGGUUCUUUGCCUCCUGAGUGACCAUAAACACACUUCGUAUUCAGACAGAGUCAGGUAUAUAGUUUAUAAAAUGAAUUUAAUUCUUUUUCCUAAACUGAGGAUUAUAAGAGACAAUAUAUGAAUAAUGAGACGUGGUGUGAUGAUAUGAAGUGAUUUAAUGUAAUGUGUGAAAUGUAACGGAAGCUAACAAGAUAGCGCCUGUGCUUGGCUUAGCAGUGGUCACCGGCCACUUUUUCAAAGUUUUCUCCACUAACCUCCUCUUUUCCACCUUGCUCCUGUCUGUGAUCCUCUUCAGUAGUGCCCCUGCUACCAUCUCCUAUGAUCGCCAGACUCUUUUGUCCUUCCGUUUGUUCACGAUCGCCCAAGAUGCACCGAGGACGCACCUUCCUUUUUGUUUACCUGAGUGGCGCACCGGCCCGGAACCAAUCGACGAUUCCAAUCAUGGCGCUUCCAGCGAUGUUUAUCCGGUCCCGGGAAAACGUCGGAGGAAAAGAGGAAAACAAGAAGGAAUCCAGGUGAGAAUAAGACUUCUCUUAAAGCAUAGUUUAUCUAGUAAACAUCGGCGUGAUCUUCUAGCUUCUUGUCCUUUGUUUGGCGACUUGAGCGCCACUUCCGCAUUCCCGCCAGGCCGCGUUGCGGCGCGGUUUCUCCGUCCAAGUUUUUUAAGGUUAGUUUAUCCUCAUUCCUCAGUGGUUUCUCCUCCUGUUCCCUCCAUAAGUGGUUUUUAUAAACACCGUGGAUCUAACCCUGCAAAUUUACAUCCACUAACUCCAGCUGUUUCUGUAGUUUCUGAUUCCUCCAUCUCACUCAGCAUGGUUCUAUGAAAUACCUGCUCUGUUAACAAUAAGUUCUUCCUGCUCAAUGAUCUAAUUCUCUCUAAAAACCUGGAUUUUCUGUUUCUGACUGAAGUUUGGCAGCAAACAUCUGAUUAUUCUGGUCUGAUUGAACUCUGCCCGAGUGGUUAUUCUUUUCUUAGCCAGCCCUGGGGUUCUGGUCAUGGUGGAGGCCUAGCUGUUGUUUUCAGAGACCAUCUUCCAUGUAGCUGUACAACCUCUGGUCACUUAGCUUCCUUUGAAUUGCAGCUGAUUAAAGUCAGGCAUAAGGACCCUUUCUACUGUGCUGUGGUCUAUUGUCCACCUGGUCCAAACAGUUCUUUCCUUCAGGAGUUAUUGACUUUCCAUCCUCCACUGUGAAGCUGUCCAGAUUGGUGAUUGUUGGUGAUUUUAACAUCCACGUUGAUGAUCCCUCUAAUCACUUUGCCAUGAAUUUCUCCAGCCUUAUGGACUCCUUCAGCUUUACCCAGCAUGUUUCUGGCCCCACACACACCAAAAAGGCACACUCUGGAC